AUGGCCUCAGCUGAAAUAUGGGCAGCUUUGUUGACGGCCGUUGAUCCACUCAGCGUGAGAGCCAUGCCAGCAAUGCUGCAGUCCACCAUUGACCUGCUGGAGUCAGAGCUCGCCAGAGCCAGGGCAGCGUUGCAGGAACUCCAGUCCCAGCCAGAGCCUUGCUAUGUCACUCUCCAGAACGAUGCUACCGGAGAGGCUAUGGCGGCCUACAAGACCCAUCUCCUCGAGCGGGUUGCAGCUUCCAGCAGUCUAAGUUUACCGCAAUCGACUGGGGAGCACCGCAGAGGAGCAGCCCGACUCAGGAGACGGCCUGUCUCGUUUUGGAAUAUCAUCUCCAACUCACUUGUCCUCGACCAUCUGGCUCCAUAUCUUUCAGUGGCUUCGCUCUUCUCUUUAGCCUCGACCUGCACAGCGCUGCGUGGCCUUAUCAUGGACACCCCAUAUGUCUUCCGGUACCUCGAUCUUACCCGUUGCAAGGGUGCCCAGCCCUCAUGGAUGCAUACCAUGAACGGAAACAUGAACACCUCUCAGCUGGUCUCGGACAUCCUCUUGACCGACCGUUUCCGCGUCUCCCUGCUCUCGAUCCGGGGAUGUCUUCGUCUCGACGAGCACAAGCUCAGGCAGGUCAUUGAGUAUGCGGUGCGGCCCGGUCGCGCCAAGGGGUCGCCAAGUGUCAAGGGGAUCUACUAUUUCUCUCCCAAGCCCAUAGCUGCUGCGACUCCUGCAAGUCUUACGACUUCUGCCAGCGGAGGCAGCCCAUCAGACGACAGGAGGCUGCGAGGCUGCAACACGUCGACGCUUGGCCACCGAGACUCGUCAAACCACCGCUGGCAUCGCCAGCGUCACCACCGCGCCUCGCAUCGCUCUGAUCUGGGCUCGGCGGUCGUGCAGGCGGAGGACCCCGUUGACAGAUCAGGGGUGCUCACAAACCGCCCAGGCCGCCUAUCUCUGGGCAGCGAGUGGCAUGAUCCAAAUCUGCAUCUCCGCGACAGUGAUAAUCGUCAACAACACCAUCAUCCUAUUAACAGCCAAUUCCACCACCCCCAAGACGAUAAUAAUGUAUCAGUUUCCGCUACUCCGUCUGCCUCCUUUUUGGCUCCCGCGAUUGCGACCGUCGCUCUAGGACCAGCAGGCUGUGAUGGGUGCCGCACCUGCCCUGAAGGGCCCCUGGUCUGGGAACAGUCCCCUGAGCAGCAUUUUCCGCUCUUGUCACCGCCGCCUUUACACUCUUAUAAGACCACUGUAGCCAAGGCGCCCGCCCUCCGCCUCGAUGAAUCCCUGGUCCUAAUUGCCCAGUGUGAGGAGUGCCUAAGAGGCCGGCGGUGCCACAGGUGCAACCGAUGGAUGUGUGCUGCAUGUUUGCCUGAUGCAAGCAAGCCGUGGCCACCAAAGGUGCAAAAUCUUGGGUCUUAUGCAGCAGGCGACUCAGCUUUAUCAGUAAAGCAUCAGAAUCGACCAUUCAUGCGCCGAGAUUGCUGGGAAUGCGGACCGACUUGCCUGUCUUGUAUGAUGGAAGUACUCCGUUCAUGCAUUGCCUGCGGAGGGGAAUACUGCAUAGAUCAUAACGAUGGUUGCUCGCCCACCAAGUGCGAUUGGUGCAAUACUACUACUCCACGGCGAAUGAUACGUGACCUUCACUAA